AGAGAGAGAGAAAGAUAAAGAAGCAUAUUGCAAGAUUAUGCUCCAGAUAAAAAAAAUCAGCUAGUUAUCUUUUUGCUUGGGCCCAAAUGCAUUAGCUAAGUUUCCUUGUGGAUUGGGCAUCUGCUUCAAAAGUUCUCUUUAUUCUUCUGGAUAUUAACAAGUUUUCUUCAGAUGAGACAUGAGGGAUUUGAGUCGUAGUGCACUGAUCACGGACUCAAAGUUACAUUCUCAAUUCAUUCACGGAGUAAUCUGAAGCUGAAAAACUAGAAGCUACGUAUUGCAAGGCAGAUAAUUGGAUGAUGCUGUGAGUCCCAUGAGCUCUUCGUCUGUUGUGACCGUCCUCAGCUUGUCUUGUCAGUAUGACAGCUCCUGUUCUGCUAGCUUUUUCAGAACAUGGGCGGGCCAUCCCCACGACGAGCUUCUUAAUUGACCUUCACCAGCAAUCAUUAUUAUUGGAUAACUUUGUCUCGUGGGGAAGAGAUCAGAGACUCAUUGUUUUCAUCUCAAGAAAAAGAUGCCAAUUGUUCGAUUCCUUGAUGAACAAGACUGUUUCCUGCAUGCAUGUCAAACUUUUUCUCCUUUUGCCAGUGCCACAGAGGAAAUGAUGGAGUCAUCGACACUGAAGGUAGUCUUACAAAGACCACAAUGUAGCUGCUCCUCCGGUUCAUGAUUUUGAGGUGUGUGUGUGUGUGUAUGUAUCUCUUUUAUUUUGAGAUUGCAGCACCAAAGUGUUGUUUACGAGCAACAAGGACCAUCAAAAGCAUAAAAGCCAAGUUGAUGCUCACAUGCCACAGAUGGUUGUGCAUCGAGCUUGUGAUCGAGCUGUUGCAUUUUUAAUCCACCUUGUUGGUGAAUGCAAACAGUGGAUGAUGUGCUUUAUUCACAUGAUGCCUCUAUUUAAGUACAGGAACAGAAGCAAUUAUAUUUAGGAUGAACACAAUGGGGCAAAAUGCCGUCUUUUUCGUUGGUAGCAAAUGUGUUUGUUAUUUUCCCCCCUUUAAUUUCUAUUAUCCGACUUCUGAAGCCAUUACAUAUUCCCCACGAUAGCAGUGCGAUGGCGCCAAAUAAGUUAUGCCUGAUGGGACGAUCCACCGCGCAGACACAAUUCCCGGAAGUUGCCGCUCCGGCGAGCCGCUCUCCCAAGACCAUAACGCUGCGUCCCUCCUCCGAUUCCCUGCCCGGACGAGCUCGCUACCUCCGCCGUCAAAUCAAGAAGCCUCCUUUCUCAGGUGGGAGGCGGAGCUUCCCCGUCACUCCCCACUUGAGUUGGAAGCUGGACGAUGCGGAACGGUUGGUGCGGAAGCCUGAGCAGGUCGGUCCGAGCGGAGAAGGUCGACGGGAUGACAAGAGUGCCGCAGGAAGGCUGUUGACUGGAUUAUCGGCGAGGAAGCUCGCGGCGGCGUUGUGGCAUUUUCAGGCGGCAGAGGUUAGUGGUGGCGGGCGGGAACGCCGGAGAGCUCGGCUAGGGUUGGAGCCUGAUCCAAGGAAUCUUCGCCUUCCAAAUGUCUGUCAUCAUGAUAGAACAGGCCUCCUCGGUAGCAUCAGUAAUGAGCUUGUUAGUUCUAUCUCAUCCGACCCGAAAGCUACUUCACGGAAGCUCGAAGCAUCUGCUUCAUAUCUCAAUUUGGCAAUGGAGAAAGCAACAAAAUGGGAGGCUGGGUGCUUAAGGUCUUCGGAUAAGGUUUAUCACAAUGAUGGUCACCUAAAGCUUCCCAAGGAUUGGCUGACGACUACUUCCAUCAUUUCUAUUCUUCAGGCAGAGCUCAAGCAGGCUCGUCACCGCAUUAAUGAGCUUGAAAAUGAGAGACGAUCUGCCAAGGAAAAGCUGAAUCACUUCUUGAGGAAGCUUGCGGUUGAGAAGGCUUCAUGGCAGAAUAGAGAGAGUAGAGAGCAUGAGAAAGUUCUGAACAUUAUUGAAGUCAUCAAGGAUGACCUCAGUAGAGAGAGGAAAGGUCGGAAGAGAGUGGAGAUCAUGAAUUCCAAGCUUGUACAUGAGCUUGCUGAGGCCAAGUUAUUAGCAAAGCAGUACUUGCAAGACUAUGAGAAGGAGAAGAAGGAACGUGAGCUCAUUGAGGAGGUAUGCAAUCAGUUUGCAAAGGAGAUCGGGCAUGACAAAGCUGAAGCAGAAUCUUUGAAGAGAGAAUCUACAAAAAUCCAGGAAGAAUUGGAUGAAGAGAGAAGGAUGCUGCAGAUGGCAGAGGUUUGGCGUGAAGAAAGGGUACAGAUGAAACUGGUAGAUGCAAAACUCAUGCUCGAGGAAAAGUAUGCAGAGUUGAGCGAGCUUCAAGCAGAUCUAGAUGCAUUUCUCAGAGCACAUUCUGAUUCUAAUGGAAAUAUGUCAUUGCUGAAAGAAGCUGAGGCGUUUAGAGAGGCGGCCAGCUUACUGAAGUUCCAGGACAUUAAGUUCCAUUACCAGCCUCCUCCAUCUUCAGGGGAUAUCUUCUCUAUCUUUGAAGAACUCCAGCCAAGAGAAGAAACUAUUGAAAGAGAGAUUGACCCAUGCUGUGGUUACAGCCCUGCAAGUCAUGCCUCCAAAAUCCACACGGUGAGCCCUGAAACUGAUAUCUUUCUGGAAAAUCCAAUGAAGAUGAGAGAUGAGGAUCACAGCGACUUGGAGUCCAUGAGCUAUGCUGAGGGGCAGGGUUCUUGUAAUUCUCCAGAGGCCCACGAAGAAAGCGUUGCAUCAGUUAGUGGAACUGAUUGUGAUAUGAAAAGAGAUAAUGACAGCUUAAACAGUGAAAUUAGCGAAGUUUGUUCAAGAACCACCAGGCAAUCCAGGAAGGUGUCUUCUAUAGGUAGGUUUUGGAGGUCAACUUGUACAAGCAAUGGCAACAAGAAGAAAUUUUCAGUAGGUUUAUCAAAUGAGAACCUAUUGAGAGGUCGGAUGUUGAAUGCCACUCUGUCUCCUGACAUGAAUUCAGGUGAAGUUUGCCCAAGCUCACCGAGUGUGGGGCAAGAGUGUUCCUCUAAUUCGAUAAACUCUCAUAUCAGCAGAGGAACAGAAGGUUGCAUCGAAUGAGCAAGGGAGGCAAAGAAUCACAGUUUGAAGGCUAAGCUUCUCGAGGCAAGAAUGGAGAACUGGAAGAUUCAGUUGUGCGACGUUAUGAAACAUAAUUCUUAGGAUGAACAUUGAUCUCCCAAUGGAGAUUGUACUCUCAAUCAAGCUGGUUGAAUUUUGUCUUUAUAGUAGUACUUGUAUCAUAUCUAAAACACGAGUACCAGAGUGUGUGUACGUAUUCCAUGGAAAGUCACUACCACAACUUAGAUUGCAGUUGAAUGAGAAUUCAUAUCUAAAACAUGAUGUAUAAAUAUUCCAUGGAAAGUCACUAUUUGCGGCU